CCCCAACCGGUGUGACGUUAUGUUGUCCUUCAUCUUUCGUGUUUACUUUUCCGUCAUUUACUAAUAUGAAAAAAACAAAAUUUUGUUUUGAACAAUAUGAAAAAUUCUCAUGAUGAUUCUGAUAGCAAAUCGAAUUUUUGGAAAAAAACUGAAAAUGUUCCUGGCAGGCCAGUAUCUAGUACCAUUCAUAAUUUACACCUGAUACGAGAUUCGAAGAGUGUUAGUCCUAAAAAGAAUGUUUCAAAAUCCAAACAUCGCAAGACAUCAUCUUCAAGUUCCUUUCAGGAAUUUCAAGAAAGUACGGAUGAUGCCUGGGACGUCGGAGAUGACGAUAUUUGCCUUAGUACUGAGAUCCCUAUACAUCCCAAAGUUGCUCAAUCCACAGCCAUGGAAGUACUCAGCAUUCACAGCAAAGGCACUUUUUCUUUCACUAAUGAUGAUGCCAACUGCAUUUUAAAUGCCAAUGAUGCUAAAGUUGGGAGUUCCCAAAGGAUUUGCAGACAGGCAAAUAUCAACUUCCAAGAUGAUAAACCUUGCUCUGUACGAAGAUUAGAAACUCAAAAAGAUGGUGACAGUUUCACUGAACAUCAGUCCAAUUUUGUUAAUCACAGUAACCAUCCGAUCGGUCCCGGUAUUGGAAUACGACAGACUCGUAACAAGCAACCCUCUCUAUUCAAUCCUCAGAAUCUCCCAAAAGAUGGCGCUGUCUCUAAGCGAGAUGCAGCUCGUCUGCAAGCAUUUCAAAAGCUUUUGGAAAGUCCAAAUGUAGAUCUCAAAGAACUUCAAACCACAAGUUGGUCAGGUAUUCCUAGUAAAGUUAGGCCUAUGACAUGGAAAUUAUUGUCUGGAUAUUUGCCCACGUGUAAAGAAAGACGGGAGUCGUUUCUUCAGAGAAGAAAAGAAGGCUAUCAAGCAUUCGUCAGUCGCUAUUAUGACAGUAGAACUGAGGACGUUCAUCAUGAAACUUACAGACAGAUACAUAUCGAUGUGCCUCGUAUGAGUCCAUUAGUUCCUUUAUUUCAGCAAGAAAUAGUCCAAGAAGCAUUUGAACGUGUUUUGUAUAUAUUAGCGAUUCGGCAUCCAGCUAGUGGAUAUGUACAAGGAAUGAAUGAUCUUUUAACUCCUUUCUAUGUUGUAUUUUUGCAAGACUACAUUCCACCUGGUUCUGAUGUCGAAAGCUACGACGUGAGCAAACUUUCCCGUGAUGCGUUGCUGCAGGUUGAAACUGACAGCUAUUUCUGCAUGGAAAAACUGAUGGAUGGCAUACAAAAUAACUAUACAUUUGCUCAGCCUGGCAUUCAACACAAAGUUUAUUUGUUAAAAGAGCUAAUGAAAAGAAUAGACGCUCCACUUCAUGCUCAUUUAGAACACCAUUCCAUAGAAUAUCUCCAAUUUUCUUUCCGGUGGAUGAACAAUCUACUCAUGCGUGAGCUGCCUUUAAGUUGCACUAUACGAUUAUGGGACACAUAUUUGUCGGAACCAAAUGGUUUUAGCAGAUUCCAUCUAUAUGUAUGUGCAGCAUUUCUCCAGCAUUGGUCCAACAGUUUACUGCAAGAAAAAGAUUUUCAGGGUCUCAUGAUAAAGCUUCAAAAUCUUCCAACUUCGCAUUGGACUGACAAGGAAAUUGAUGUUCUCCUUGCUGAUGCCUACAGAUUGAAAUACAUGUUCGAUGAUGCACCUAAUCAUUUACAAUCCAAGGAAAAUUGAGAUUGAUUUCAAUCACAGGACAUUCAGAUAUGUGAAUUAAAACUUUAAAAAAAACUUGCUCAUAAAAUACAGCCAUUUUGUAUCUCAUGCUGAAUUUGUUUUGUGUAUUGAAUCUCUCAGUUUUUAAACAUAAAAUAUUUGUUGUAUCUUGUUGCUACAGGGAGAGCUAUAAAGACUUAUUUCCUACAAAUUAUGUUCAUUAAAUAAAUACUCAUGAUGUAUUCAUUUCUCCUUUCAUAAAUAAAAUAUAUCAUGUAUAAUUGUAUAUAAAAUAUAGAACUUAUUAAAAUGUUUUUGAAACUUGUUUAAAAUAUUUCUAUUU